AUGGCCCUAGUAUCGUCUCUGGCUGCCCUGUCUCUGUUACAGAGUGAAGGAGGAGUCCCUGUAAAGGCUCUUGUUUUCAAACCAAAGACUGCCAAAUCUCAGGAUCCUGUCCCGAUCAUCGUUAUAGCCGAGGCUACUACUCAGACCCCUUCAUCUGUGAUUGCAGACAUUGCUGAGGUUAAGGAUCCACGAUUGGCUAAAGAUGAUUUGACACAACUUUUUUUCGCCACUACAGCUGUCCAAUUUGGAUUGGGUCAUCUCAACCCUGAUAAUGCUUCUAAAUGUAAACUUGUUUUGGAUAUCAACAUUGAAAACGCUUCAGAUGACAAGGUUUACGAGUUGAAAGAUAAUGAUUCUAAGCUGACUAUAUCUGCAAAGACUUUAAAAGAUUUCUUGUGCUCUUUGUCAAACAACAUCCUUGUUGCAAAUUUCUUUGCCUUGGCUGAAAAGAAACCUGCUCAGAAGCCAGCUGUUCCAAAGAAGGAUAAGAGUGUUGCUAGAUUAGAUGAUGCCAAACUGAUUGGCGUCACUGUUGACAAGAAUUUGGAUUUCCCGGGUUGGUACCAGCAGAUCCUCACCAAAGGUGAGAUGAUGGACUACUAUGAUGUUUCUGGAUGUUACAUCCUCCGUCCAGCAUCUUAUGCUAUUUGGGAGCGUAUCCAGGAAUAUUUCGAUAAGAAGAUCAAGAGAUUGGGAGUUCAAAAUGCCUACUUCCCUAUGUUUGUUUCUUCUAAGGUCCUCGAAAAAGAGAAAGAUCAUAUUGAAGGAUUUGCUCCAGAAGUAGCUUGGGUUACUAGAGCGGGUUCUUCUGAAUUAGAAGAGCCCAUUGCUAUUAGGCCAACAUCCGAAACUGUCAUGUAUCCUUACUACGCUAAAUGGAUUCGUUCUCACCGAGAUUUGCCAUUGAAAUUGAACCAAUGGAAUUCAGUGGUAAGAUGGGAGUUCAAGCAUCCACAGCCGUUCCUCAGAACCAGAGAAUUUCUUUGGCAAGAGGGUCACACUGCUCAUUUGACUUUUGAGGAGGCCAAUAAAGAAGUUUUACAGAUUUUGGAUUAUUACGUUGGCAUCUAUGAAGAGCUCUUGGCCGUUCCCGUUGUGAAGGGCAAGAAGACCGAGAAUGAAAAGUUUGCUGGAGGUCUUUUCACCACUACCUGCGAAGGUUACAUUCCAACCACUGGUAGAGGCAUCCAAGGUGCCACUUCACAUUGCUUAGGACAAAAUUUUUCCAAGAUGUUCAACAUCAGCGUUGAGAAUCCUGACGGAGCCGACAAACCAAAACUUUUUGCAUGGCAGAACUCUUGGGGUUUGUCUACCCGUGUUAUUGGUGUCAUGGUUAUGGUUCACUCCGAUAACAAGGGUUUAGUUAUUCCACCCAGAGUUUCUCAGUACCAGGUCAUUGUUAUUCCUGUCGGAAUCACUUCUAAGACCACCAAGGAGGAAGAACAGAAAAUUCUAGCCACCUGUAACAAGAUUGAGGGUAAACUGCGUCAAAAUGAUUUGAGAGUUACAUCCGAUUACAGAACCAACUACUCCCCAGGAUGGAAGUUUUCUAAUGCUGAAUUGAAGGGUAUUCCUUUGAGAAUUGAAGUUGGCCCAAGGGAUUUGCAGAAGAAUACAGUAGUGGCCGUCCGUCGUGAUGACUUCACCAAAACCACCAUUUCCUUAGACACUUUUGAGAAAGAAAUUUCAGAUUUGUUGGAGACCAUGCAGGCUGAAAUGUUAGCUAGAGCCAGAGCUAAGUUUGAUUCUCAUCGUAUAAUCAUUGACAAAUGGGAAGACUUUGUCCCUGCGCUUAACAGAAAGAAUGUUUUGUUGUCCCCAUGGUGUGGAGAUGCAGACUGUGAAGACGAUAUAAAGGACUCCUCAGCUAAAAAAGAUGACGAUGAUGACGAGGAAGAAGACGAAAAGGCUCCAAGUAUGGGUGCCAAGUCGUUGUGUAUUCCUUUCGAACAGCCUGAACUAAAGGCUGGUCAAAAGUGUGUCAAAUGUGACAGACCUGCUAUCCAUUACUGUAUGUUUGGGCGUUCUUAUUAA